CACGUGGCCACAAACCAACCAAUCGUUGAUAAAGUAGGUAAAGGAAGGCGCGUCCCCGUCGGCAGCUGUGUUGCUCUACAGUGUGGAGAGCGCAUCUUGUGUUCAGUAUAUUUCCAUAAUACAGACCAACAGACACCUGCAAAAAUGUCCGAAGACAAGCCUAAGGAGGGAGUGAAAACAGAGAACGACCACAUCAAUCUGAAGGUGGCGGGACAGGAUGGCUCGGUGGUCCAGUUCAAAAUUAAAAGGCACACGCCACUCAGCAAAUUAAUGAAAGCGUACUGUGAGAGACAGGGUUUGUCGAUAAGACAGAUUAGAUUUAGAUUUGACGGGCAGCCAAUUAAUGAGACAGACACACCGGCGCAGUUGGAGAUGGAGGACGAGGACACGAUUGACGUAUUUCAGCAACAAACUGGCGGCUCCUGCUAAAACUCCACACCACCUGGACCCCACACUUAUCUAUUUUAUUCCUCAUGAUGUUUCAUUCAGAUCCUUUCACAUUGUUUCCACUUCUCUUUCUCUCCUUGUCUCUCUUCUGUCAUCUCUAGCUUUCCAAGAGUGGGCAUCACAAAUGUGUUUCCAGUAAUAUUUAUAUACGCAAUGGUUAGACCGCUACUGUGGUGGGGGAACAAACUCCAGAAGCCUGCCAGAGGGCGUAGUUGUUCAGAUUAUCCACACCAGUCACCAUGCAGGCUUUUAUGUUGCUCAGAACACUGAUUCACUCGACAAGAACCGUUGACCCCCCCCCCCCAAUCCAUAUAUUUUUUUUUUCCUUCAUGUUUUGAUUCUUAAGAGCUUUAAGUAGGCCUGUUUCAACCCAGAUUCUAUUUGCCUGUAUGUGUUGUAGAAAUAUGUUCAACCAGUGUUGUAUUCAUCUGCCUUUUAAUGGGGCCGCUUCUCAUGUGAGCUCACUGUAGGGACGGGAUCUGUCAACCAUCUCGUUGGACGAUUAAAAAUGAAGAGACUGAAUACAUGACACAAUUUACAGUGACCCCUACUGGACCAAACCCCAAAGAUGGUACUCGGUUAGCUGAUAAGAGCAGGAUUAUACCAACUAGUUCUAAGUUUUUACUUUUAAAUGUCUGUUGAAAUAUAUCCACUUACCAUUCCUAUUUCUUCUUGAGUGUUGAUCGAGGAGACAGGAAUGACCUAAAAGACCAAUAUAUCUUUUUUCCUGUUCAUUACUUUCUUUUUUUUUCCCCCCUUUUUUUUAAAUCCCAAAACUAUGAUCAGGUCUUGAAGAAAAACAAAAGGGAAUCCUUUCAGGCUUUGUUGUGACGAUUUAUUUGUCGUCGCUCACAAGGACUGGUCUGAUCUCUUUUAACAUCUCUUGCCCUCCCACUGUAAUUCAUAUGGCUGAAAGGGAGAGAGGGUUUUAAGGGUUGACUCAAAGAUUUCCAGAUGUUGGCAUCCUUCUGUACUGAUAUGUACAUUUUUUUUUUUUUUUUUGUUUGUUUUUGUUUUUUGUUGUCCUUUACUACUGUAAACAAUAAAUAUAGUUUGGUACUCAU